UGGGGCUGUCCGUCAGUCUGUCGGUGUGUCUGUGUCUGUCUGUCGGUGGGUGAGGAGCCAUGGCGGCUGAGGUGCUGGCGGGGAUCUCUGCGCGGCCGCUGGGCGCGGCGGAGCCGCUGUCGCUCGGCUCGCUGCGGGGCAAGGUGCUGCUGGUGGUGAACGUGGCGUCGCUCUGAGGCACCACCACCCGCGACUUCCUGCAGCUCAACGAGCUGCAGCGCCGCUUCGGGCCCCGCGGGCUGCAAGUCCUCGGCUUCCCCUGCAACCAGUUCGGCCACCAGGAGAAUGCCACCAACGAGGAGAUCCUGCGCUCGCUGGAGCACGUGCGGCCUGGCAACGGGUACAAGCCCAACUUCCCCGUCUUCGAGAAGUGCGAGGUGAACGGGAAGGACGCCCACCCGCUCUUCACCUUCCUGAAGGAGGCCCUGCCCUUCCCGCACGACGACCCCUCGGCGCUGAUGACCAACCCGCAGUACAUCAUCUGGUCGCCCGUGCGCCGCAACGACAUCUCCUGGAACUUCGAGAAGUUCCUCAUCGCUCCCGACGGCGUGCCCUUCAAGCGCUACAGCCGGCACUUCGAAACCAUCAAGAUCCAGGAUGACAUCGAGCUGCUGCUUCAGAAAGUCCCCAAGGAGGCUCUGCAAUAAAGCCGAGCUCUUUAGGAUCUGCUGCCCCGCCGGCCCUGCUCCCUCAGCUCGUGCCUGCUUUGCUAGGAAAGGGCUGUUACCCUGACAGAAAUUCCAAUGUCCUUGCAAGUUUUGCUUAUGAUGGUGCAUCUUCCAAAUCCUUGAAGUGUACUUGAUGUUUCAAAAGUUGCAUGUGAAUGUUUGGAAAAGUAUGCUAGGGAAAGCAGCCCGUGAAUCUCAGUGGCUUACUGUGAUUCUCUGAAUAAAAACAAAAUGAAACAAAACAACAAAAAA